GUCAGCGAGCGCCCCUCCCCAAUCCCUAGGCCCGCAGGGCAGGAUGGCGGGCGCGUAAAUCUCGGGAGACAGACAGGUUCACUUUCUAACCUCUGGACUAGCUGAAGAGCAAAGACCCUCUCCUGCCAGCCAACAUCGAGCCCGAUCCACGCCCUCCCCCCUCACUUAACACCAGCGAGCCGAUCGACCCGAACACGGCGAUACACGUUAAUGCGAACGCCCAUUGCUUGAAUUGUUUGCUAGAAAAAACCCCGCCCGCGCGCAUUCAACCUAAUACUACGACUCGACUGCCCGAUCCAUCCAGCUUCCACAACUUGGCUGGGUAAUUCGAUACCUCCACUUGGGUGCGACUGCCAAACGCCGCCGCACGCAACAUGUCCAGCAUACCAAAACCCGGCCCCGCGAGGCUCCGGCCUGGCGCCGGCCUGGACGAAUGGCUGGAGGAGGCCAAGCAGUGCCAUUAUCUACCCGAGCCCGUCAUGAAGCAGCUCUGCGAGACGGUCAAGGAGGUGCUGAUGGAGGAGUCCAACAUCCAGCCCGUCGUCACCCCCGUCACAAUCUGCGGCGACAUCCACGGCCAGUUCUACGACCUGCUCGAGCUGUUCCGCGUCGCUGGCGGCAUGCCCGGCGACACGGACGUCCAGCCCCCCAAGACGGCCACCACCGUCAUCACCCCCGACGACAUCGAGCCCCCCACCGAGAUCACGAACCCACAGCUCCGGAAGAGGAUAAGAAACGCCGACGCCCCGAGUUCUGGCGUCGUCGACGACGACGAGACCAUCAUCGAGGGGGACUCGAUGGACACCUCCGACCCCACACCCGCCACCACGGCCACCUCGCAGUCCGCAGACACGCGCUUCGUCUUUCUGGGCGAUUUCGUCGACCGCGGCUACUUCAGCUUGGAAACAUUCACGCUGCUAAUGUGUCUGAAAGCAAAAUACCCGGACCGGAUUGUGCUGGUGCGCGGCAACCACGAGUCGCGGCAGAUCACGCAGGUCUACGGCUUCUAUGAGGAGUGCCAGCAAAAGUACGGCAACGCCUCGGUGUGGAAGGCGUGCUGCCAGGUCUUCGACUUCCUCGUGCUGGCCGCCAUCGUCGACGGCACCGUGCUGUGCGUGCACGGCGGCCUCAGCCCCGAGAUCCGCACCAUCGACCAGAUCCGCGUCGUGGCCCGCGCCCAGGAGAUCCCCCACGAGGGCGCCUUCUGCGACCUGGUCUGGAGCGACCCCGAGGACAUCGACACGUGGGCCGUCAGCCCCCGCGGCGCCGGCUGGCUGUUCGGCGACAAGGUCGCCACCGAGUUCAACCACGUCAACGGCCUGACCACCAUUGCGCGUGCGCAUCAGCUCGUCAACGAGGGCUACAAGUUUCACUUCCCGGAAAAGUCGGUCGUGACCGUCUGGUCUGCCCCCAACUACUGCUACAGGUGCGGCAACGUGGCGUCCAUCAUGACGGUCGACAGAGACUUGAAAACAAAGUUUAGCAUAUUCGCGGCCGUCCCAGAGGACCAGCGGCAUGUCCCGGCUAAUCGCCGGGGCCCGGGUGAUUAUUUCCUCUGAGAUGCGCAGCCACCUAGUCUAAGGCGGGGGUAGGGUGGAAAUGGAAGAACGGCUUGCCUUUGUUUUCUUUCGUUUCUGUAGAUAUAAUAUUUUUCAUGUCCUUGCAGGGUUUAUCACAGCAAGGUUCAAACGCACGCAUAAAGGCGCGCGGACACCGUUGAGGAGUGGGAAUGGGAAUGGGAAUGGGAAUGGGAAGGUUGGAAGGGGAGAUGGGAAAGAGGGGAGGCAGGGGGGGUGGUUUAAUGAUACUUUUACCCCCUUGACGGCCCCAUCCCCGAAACCUCUGCUUUUUUGUGAAUAUGUUUGUUUCUUUUUCCUUUCCUGGAUUUUGGGUGCAUCUAUCUUUUUUUCAGGGGGGGGGGGGGGGGG